AUGCUGGGGUGGCUGCUGGCGGUGCUGGUGGCGCUGGCGCGGGGCGGCACCGCUGCCACCCCCGGCUUCUCCUGCUGGAAGCAAUGCAGCUCCCGCUGGUUCCUCUGCUCCUGGCCGCCCAGCGGCCCCGACGGCAAUACCUCCUACCUCCUGAAGCUCUGCUACGAGAUGCCCAGGCUGUGCCGGUGGUUUGAGGCGGGCAGGGAGACGACGUACACCCUGAAGCAUCACCACGUUUACGUCCUCACCAACGCCACGGCCUGGGUGGAGGCGCGCUGGGGGGACCACGUCCACAGGACCCCCAACCUCACGCUGUACCUCGAUGAGGCCAUCAAGCCCGAUCCGCCCCCCGUCGGGAUGCCCUUCACCAAGACCGGUGGCAAGCUGCGGCUGCAGGGGCCGUGCCGCCCCCUCUCCCUCCCCCAGCGAGCCCCCAAGGAGCAAGGGGAUGUCGCCUACACGCUGCGCGUCCGCAUGCUGGCAUGCCACUGCACCGAGCUGGCCGAGGAGGACACCGUGGUGCUGGGGAGGGAGGUGACAGUGCACAACCUUACCCUUUCUGGGGCUGAGUACGAAAUCCUGCUGAUGGCGGCCAAUGCUGCCGGGACGGGGCCGGCGAGGCAGCUCCAUGUGCCGGCAGAACAGCGUGCAGAUCUCGGCUUCAAGGACGUCAGCGUGGCUGGCGGCACCAUGAUGGGCCGGUUCAGCCCGGCCGAGCUGCUGAUAACGGAGCCGAAUCCCGGCAAGGAGACGACCGACGCCGGCACGUGGCCCAGCACGCCGCAGCCCGGCCCCGCAACCGAAAAACCGGUGGUGGUGUGCCUGCCGGGCUGCGAGAAGGAGCUGCCGUUCGCCUACCGGAGGCAGGAGGUGCUGAGCCUGGCCGGAUUUCCACCACCUGGCAGCACCGGCUGCCCCGGCCACCCGGCCGUUUUCCCCUGCGCCCAGAAGCUCUCGCUGCCCUCGCUGGCUCGGCCACCGCUCCGGGAAAAAGCUGCGAUUCCUGUUGAGCCGGCGGGGAAAGCCCUGGCGCAGGGAUGCAGGGACUUUGCCUGCGGUUUCCGUGGGCGGGAGCGGCUCCGGCAAACAGGCGGCUGA